AUGCUUUUUAAUUCAAGCGGAAUUUUUCCGUUUCUAACUGUGGUUUUGACAUUAUGUGCCAUGUUUUCAGGGUGAGUUUUUGGAGGAUUUUUCGGGCUGAAAUUCCAGUGCUGAAAUUCAGAAUUCUCAAAUUUUCUGAAACCUAUUUUUAAAUUUUGACAUGAUUCAUGAAAAUUAUAGGGCUCAGAUUUGACAUUUCGAAAUUUUCGAACCUGAUAAUUAGGGUGGAUAUUUGAAAGUUCUGAUUUCGUUAUUUUUUCUCAGAAAUUCUAGAAGGGGGCAGAAAAUUAUCUGAAAUUAUGAGAAAAAUUUGAAAAAUUUUGCUUUUGAAGGCUUCUGGAGGCCUUCAAAAGGCUUUAAGCUUGAGAAGGCAUUUGAAAGAUUCUGAAGGCUUUUUUCACACAAAAAUCCAAAAUUCCAGAUUUUUCAAGCUCUAGAAUUUUUCCAGCUACGGUAUCGCAGUGGCAAAUGACCAUGUCGAUGCUUGGAUUCCUUUCAUCUCCGACUGUGCCGCAGAAUCUCCCGAAAAAAUGGUGUUCGGUGAACUGCUAACCCUCUCCGCCUUCUGCCUUGCUGUCACAAUGUAUUUCAUUCAUCGAAACAUCAUCUCCUUCUACGAAGAGCAACAUGUUGAUAUUGGAAAAUGGGCCGGAUUUUCGAAAUUCAUUUUGGGACUCGGAUGGCUUGCAGCAAUCGGAGCAACAAUUGUUGCCAAUUUCCCGGAAAGUGCUCAAAUUAUUGUGCAUACUAUUGGAGCUUUCACGUUUUUCGUUGGAAUCACUUUUUAUUUUUGGGGACUGCUGUUCAUUUCCUACUCUUUGAAGUGAGUCAGGCUUAGGCUUAGGCUACAAAUAAGGCUUAUGUGUAGACUAUAGGCUUAGGUUUGAUAUGAAACAUUUUUUUGUUAUCGGAAAAUGUUUGCUGUGAGUUCAAAAAUUUUUGGUUUUGAUUUAUGAUAUUUGAAAAAAUUGGGGGAUCGAAAAAAGUUUCAAGGAUCACAUGAGUUAGAUAUGCAGGUUCUAGUCGAGAUACAGUAAUCCAUUUUUCUCGAGAGUACUGUAGAUCGCUUCAAGAGGAUUAUUUAGACACUAAACAUGAUAGGGUUACUGUAAGCAAGCUCAAGUGUAAAUCAAAAAAUUAAAAAUUGUGACACUUUAAAUCUAGAUACAGUAAUCCUAGUACCUUUAAAAAAUCAAUAAUUUUUACAGACCAAAACUUGUUCCAAUUCACUUGACAAAUUUCCGACUGUUACUCACAAUAACCUUAUCACUUCUCCUGAUUUUCCGUGAGUUUCAAAAAAUUUUCAGAUACACAUUUUGUGUGGGUUGAAAAUUCUGAAUGUGAGUCAUAGAUAAACCAGGAAACAAUUUUUUUUUGAACACAAGAAAAAAAACAAUGACUCAUGUUAAAGAAUUUAUCACAAAAAAUUCAAAAUAAAGUAAGGGAUUUUUUUCAAAAAAAAACUCAUAACUCAACUUUCCCGUGCACAAAAAUACGUUUUAAAGCUCUUAAGAUGCUCUAAAAGUCUGAAAAUCUGUAAAAUUUCAGACAUUAUCUGCUUGACAGCUCAGCCAUUUGUUCAAAGAGUUAAUGGAAAACUUCCACCGCGUCCAGAUUGGCCAAAUCAUAUUGAAAGACCAAAACCAGGAGAUGCGGUGAGUUAAAGGCUUCAGAGGGCUUUAGGGGGCUUCAGGGGGCUUCAGGGGGCUUCAGGAGAUUCCAGGAGGCUUUCAAUCAUCUUAAAAAUUCAAUUUUUUCCAGUACUACACAAAUCACAUAGCAGCAGCUCUCUCGGAAUGGAUUGUCGCAAUAAUAAUCCUCAUCGGCGUGCUAUCCUUCAGUUUCGAAUUUGCCGCCACAAAAUAUCGUGCUCCAAAAUUCGUCAGACAACAUUCGAUCGAUAAUCAUGUGACAGUUAUUGAAACUCCUAUUCAACAUGUAAUUUCUCUGAUUCUCUAACCUCUCUAAUUCUCUAACUCUCUAAUUUUCAGGAAACAAUUGCACCGUAUUUUGAUCAUUAUUCUCAAACUUCAACUUUGAAACGACUUCCAAGAGUGGAUAAAGUUUACCCAACUUCGGUUUAUAAUAAUUCUAAUCGUUUGCAGUAUUAUUGA